GUCUUCCCGGCCGUGCCGCUGCAUUGGAGCCCAGUUCUCCGACGCCGCCCGCGAACUACGGCCGGCGGCCGGCCGGCGUCUGCCCGCGAGGAUGGCGGCUCCCUUGGUGCUGGUGGUGCUGGUGGCCGUGACCGUCCGGGCCGCGCUGUACCGUUCGAGCCUCGCCGCUUUCAUUUCAGAGCGGGUCGAGGUGGCGUCGCCGCUGAACGCCUGGAAGCGAGUGGUCGAAGGAUUAGCUCUGUUGGAUUUAGGGGUCUCACCAUAUUCUGGAGCUAUUUUUCAUGAGACCCCGCUGAUAAUAUAUCUCUUUCACUUCCUGAUUGAGUAUGCUGAAUUGGUCUUCAUGAUAACUGAUGUACUGACAGCUGUUGCCCUUUACUUGGCCAUCCAGGACUACAACAAAGUUGUGUUCAAAAAGCAAAAGCUCCUAAUAGAACUGGAUAAAUAUGCACCAGAUGUGGCUGAACUCAUCCGGACACCCAUGGAAAUGCACUACAUCCCCCUCAAGGUAGCACUAUUCUAUCUGUUAAACCCCUACACUGUGAUGUCUUGUGUGGCAAAGUCCACCUGUGCCAUCAACAAUACUGUCAUUGCAUUCUUCAUUUUAGCUACAAUAAAAGGUAGCGCCUUCCUCAGUGCUGUAUUCCUGGCAUUAGCAACAUACCAGUCACUCUACCCUAUCACAUUGUUUGCUCCAGCUCUACUUUACCUUCUACAGCGUCAGUUCAUACCAAUAAAACCGAAAAGUAAAAGCUUCUGGCUCUACACCAUGCAGUAUGCAGCCUUGUACCUGUGCAGCCUGGUAGUAAUCAUCUGCCUCUCCUUCUUCCUCCUCAACUCCUGGGAUUUUAUCCCAUCUGUUUACGGGUUUAUCCUUUCUGUUCCAGAUCUGACACCCAAUAUUGGCCUUUUCUGGUACUUCUUUGCAGAGAUGUUUGAGCACUUUAGUCUUUUCUUCGUAUGCGUAUUUCAGAUCAAUGUGUUCUUCUACACCAUUCCCUUGGCAGUAAAGCUAAAGGAACACCCUGUGUUCUUCAUGUUUGUCCAGCUUGCAAUCAUUUCUAUCUUCAAGUCCUAUCCCACAGUGGGAGAUGUUGCACUGUAUAUGGCCUUCCUUCCAGUCUGGAGCCACCUUUACAGAUUCCUCCGGAACAUCUUCAUCCUGUCAUGUGUACUCAUUGUCUGCUCCCUCCUGUUCCCUGUUCUGUGGCAUCUAUGGAUUUAUGCAGGAAGUGCUAACUCCAAUUUUUAUUAUGCCAUCACGUUGACUUUCAACAUAGGACAGAUCCUGCUCAUCUCAGAUUAUUUCUAUGCCUUCCUCCGGCGGGAGUACUACCUUACUCACGGACUCCAUUUGACAAGACAAGAUGGGACAGAGGCCAUGCUUGUUUUGAAGUAAGGAUUGUACCCACCAGUUCUUGGGACAUAGACUACUCUAAGGAACAGUCAAGUUUGGUGUAUAUGGGGUGGGUGGGGAAGGUUCCCUGGAUGAGGUCUGAAUUUGGGGAUGAUACCUACUGAAAGAAAGCUGAGGUUCUUCUGCGAACAGCUUCCACAGCAGUGGACUCAGUGCAGGCUAAAAGCUGCAAGUAGAAUCUGCAAUGCCUCCACUGGAGCAUCUCCUUUCUUCCCUCAGCUGCGCUUUUCACCGUGGCCUCAGCCAUCAACUGGGCAGUCCAUCAGGAACUGGAAAAAGUGUUUGAGCUAAAACCAGGACUGAAUCUCUGGCCCAGAAACAGUUCAGACCAUAAACUGUUUACUUCAUUGUCACUGGUUCUUGGAGAUGUUUGCUUCUCCUGGAAAUUUCCCCUUCACUGCUUUUACCAGUAAUGUUCCUGCUUGACACAAGACAAUGUCUGUGUACUUGGUGAUAAGCCCUGCCUGCAGAUGCCCUUUUUUGGUCUUCUGCUUUUGUGGGUUCUGGAAAAAUCACAUACUCAUAGUGGGAGCUUGUGAAACACAUGGGUAACCAAGGAUGAAUGACCUGUUGGAAGGAGGACCGCUGAAGCUGCUGCCACAGGUAAUAAUCUUGGAGCUCAAACAACUCCUAAGAACUGGAACCAGCAGGGGGAAGCAGCAGCAGGGUAAUGGGUAACUGGUCUAUCCCGUUGAAGUAACACAUACACUUUCCUGUCAGGAGCUGCACAGAAACACUACUGUGGAGAUAGACUACCACUACUCCUUAUUUCUGUAUGUUAACAAAGCUCGGCAAUGCUGGGCUUGCACUACACUGUUGUGAUAAUUUGGGGCAGCAGCCUGGACAUGGAAUGGGCAAGCUGCCUGCCUGGGCUAGGGACCAGGAGGUGUCAAAAUCUCCCCUUUAAGGCCACAGACCAAACUUUGAAGGAGCCUUGGACACUACUGUUGUGGAGUUGCUGGGCUCUUGGUGUUCCACAGCAGCUUAAUGAUAUAGGAUAGCCACUCCCCAGUGUUACCUGUUGCACACAGAGUGAUUGUAUCUUGUGGCUAUGUGUGGAGGGCCCCAUUAAAACACUGUCCCUUACCUUCCUCACUGCUUCCCCCUAUCUGCAUUCAGACCUUUUCACUUCAGAGCUUCUGCUGCUGCUCACCCCAUGAAUGUGACCCACCGAAAGGGAAUACACUGGGCUCUACUGCUUGCAUGUGGCACUGAGAAUCACUAAUGAUGGUGUUGGAAGCCCUGUUGGGACAGGAAGCAGCUACUGUGCCUCAUUCAUCCCAAGAAAAAAUUUGGAGUGCUGGUGGUUUGUUGGCACAGAAACCAAACUGCAUCUGGUACAGAGGAAUUGAGAGAGCAACAUGUCAAGGACCUUCCCAGGCAGUUUUAUGAACAAAUUUUUUCUUCUUUUUUUUACAAUUCAAACUUUUGCCUUAUUGCACUGCUAUUAGCGCUUUUGCCAGGGGACGUGUCUGCGAGUCCAGCUCAGCCCACCCCAUCCUGCAGCCCUGGGCCGGGAGGAUGUGCAGGCAGGGCUGCUCUCAGCUGCCGUGUGUGUGGCAUGGCAAAGAGCACAAUAAACCGUGCAAGUUUUAAA